AAUUACGCAUGCCCAUUAGUGGUAGAAGCCAUGUUGACCUUUGGUUGUUAGUGGUCUCUUGAGAAAGCAAACGGUUUGGCACGAGAAUUCGUUAUGAUUUGUGCCAAAUCAUCCUUAGUUUCACAAAAAUAACGACAAGCAAAUGUAAAGUUACCUAUAAAUGCACUCUCACACUUCACUGACACUUGAGAAAAGUGCAAGUAGAAAACUGGUUACAUUUGGUUUGGCGUCCCAUUUUGGUAUGCUACGGAACCGCUGUUGGUGUUUUACAUUGAAUGUUUCGUGACAAAUAGAAAUUCCUGAAAAGAAUCGGUUUAUGAGAAAUUAUAGGUGAGAUCAGCAUUAACAAUGGGAGCCUUUCUUGACAAACCAAAAACUGAGAAGCAUAAUGAAGGUGGAGUUGGAAAUGGGCUUCGAUUUGGUCUCAGCAGUAUGCAGGGAUGGAGGGUGGAAAUGGAAGAUGCCCACACAGCAGUCAUUGGAUUGCCAAAUGGAUUAAAAGAUUGGUCAUUUUUUGCCGUCUUUGAUGGCCAUGCUGGUGCUCGUGUUUCAGCACAUUGUGCCGAACAAUUACUUGAUCAUAUCAUAACUAAUGAAGAUUUUAGAGGUAAAAUUGAAAUGAAAGAAGGAACUGAAAUUCAGCCGUCUUUUGAGGAUGUAAUUAAAGGUGUGAAAACAGGUUUUCUGAAAUUAGAUGAAAAGAUGAGGUCAAUGCCAGAAAUGGCAAGUGGCGAGGAUAAGAGUGGUUCCACGGCAGUUUGUACAAUUGUAUCGCCAAGUCAUGUUUUCUUUGGAAAUUGUGGGGACUCUAGGGCUGUACUGUCACGCGCAGGUAAAUGUGUAUUUUCAACACAGGAUCAUAAACCUGUGAAUCCCACUGAAAAAGAAAGAAUUCAAAAAGCCGGAGGUAGUGUAAUGAUUCAGAGAGUCAACGGUUCGCUUGCCGUAUCAAGAGCUCUCGGGGAUUUUGAAUAUAAAAAUGUACAAGGUAUGGGACCUUGCGAACAACUGGUAUCACCGGAACCAGAAAUAUUUAUUGAAGAUAGAAACCAACAAGAGGAUGAAUUCAUAGUGCUAGCCUGUGAUGGGAUAUGGGAUGUUAUGUCUAAUGAUGAACUCUGUGACUUUGUCAGAAGUAGAAUGCGACUGACCAAUAGUCUUGAGCUGAUUUGCAAUCAAGUAGUGGAUACUUGCUUAUAUAAGGGCAGCAGGGAUAACAUGAGUAUUGUGAUAGUUGCUUUCACAGGAUCGCCUAAAGUUUCUGAUGAAGCUAUGAAAAAGGAACAGGAAUUAGAUGAAAGAAUAGAGGCAAAAAUUAAAGAAAUUUUAGCUGAUGUUGAUGUGCGGGACGUAGAUUUACCAUAUGUAAUGCAUACAAUAAGUGAAGAUAUUGAUGGUCUUCCACCUGGAGGUGGAUUAAGUUCAAAAAAAAAUACAGUUGAAAGUAUACUUAAUCGACUGCGACCAAAGAAAACAGCAGAACAAGAAACUAGCACUGAUGAACCCUUCUAUAAACAGUUAUUGAGAAAAUACUGAGUUUACCCUUUGUAACUAGGAAGAAGACGGUACAGCAACAGUAGAAGAUGAUUGGCGAUAGUUUUGUCUGGCAGAAUUUUAUAUAAACACAAAACUGUUAGAUUCCAAAUCAAUAAAGAGCAGAUUUAUGGCUCAAAUAUGUGGCAGAAAAUGGCCACCGAGCAUCUGUUCAGUUGUUUUGUUAAAUCUAUAAUUAUAUAUAUAUAUUCUAUGAUGUUAUAUUUGCUUUUUGAAAUGAAAUAUUCCUAUGAGUGGGACAGUACAGCCUCUGUUUACAGAAAACAGUUGUUAUCAAUCAAAGGGAUUAGAUUGGACGAUUUUUGUUAUUCCUUGUGAAUGGCAGUAUCAAAAUAUUUGUAGAAAAGUUUUCAUUAUAGAUCAGUCAGUUAGCUCUCGAAAGGUUAUUUCUUUUCCCUCGUAAUAAAUUUUCACGAAAUUGCAUUAUGUAUGAGUAAUGAAUACUGAAUAUGCCACAUCUUUUUUAUCUUAAAUUCUUUAGGGUUAACCAACAUGUACAGAAAAAAUGUAACAUCUAUUGUUUUACAAAGUUGCUUAAAACAUUAAAAAGAACACUUUUUCUACCAAGGGUGAAAAUAUGAACUCUCCAUUUGGAUUCCAACAUGAUAUUUUUCCUAUAGAAUGAGUUUUUAGGGUUGGAGGUACAUAAGUCAGUUGCCCACCUUUCUAUCACUUUAGAAAAUCUCUCACUUAAAUUUCUUUGUAAUGGACUUUAAAUUUCAUAUUCUUUAUAUAAAAAAGAAUAAAAAAAAUUAGUAAAUAUUCCAUGUAAAUUUACUACUACAUAUAUACUUGAGAGUUUAAGAUAAUUACAAAGUCAAUUUCCUAGUAUUUUGACAUGUUUAAAUUUAUACAGAUGUAUCUAUCCCCUAAUAAAUGACAUGAGAAAGUUUUGACAUUGCUUUAUUUUGUUUUAGUUCUUUGGAUUUUAAGAAAAGGAAAAAUGAUUGUGAAAGUUUUUUUAAUUUUUAGCAGAAUAAGAAAGGAAUUACUGAUAUUAUUGAAAGAAAGUUUUGUGUUCAAUAAUCAUUAAAAUCUAAAUUUCAACUUGCAACAAAUAAAGAGGCUUUUAAAUUAAAAAAAAAAAUACCGAUGCAUAAAAUGCUUACUUAAGUUGUACAUUUUGUAUGCAAGGGUCAUCUGUAUUACUUUUAUAUGUCAAAAUCCACCUACACGAACUUUUAAAUUGUGUUAAAGCGCUUUUAUUAAGUGAGUGCUUCAAGUCCUUCAGGUAGUGACUAAAGAAUUAAAAAUCAAUUUGAUGUGGCGUCAUUCCAAUUCAGGUUACUUUAUUUAAACUUUUACAAAAUAAAUUAAGAUAAUUUACAAUUUUGUGACCUUACUACAUUUAUUUUAGUGCUAAGUUAGUUUCAUAUAAAUACACAUUAAUAACCAGAAAUAAUACUGUGAUGAAAUAAUUGACCUCAGUUAACAUGUUCACAUUGUAUGUGUGAACACGCUUGUUCUUUUAUUUGUUGUCUACAUUUUUAUGAUUUAUAAUAUUGUGUAGUGUUUGAUUUUUUGCAAUGCUUCAUUUUCUUUUGCGAUGUUAUGAAUGAAAAAAACAAAUUUUUCACAACAGUAUAAUGGAGAGUGUUCAUAUAAACAUAAUGUUUUAACAGCAUUGAAUGAAAUUUAAACAUUUCAACACACAUUGCAUCUACUGUUUUAUAUCAAAUAUAUUAAAUAUAUUUUGUGAAAUCUAUUUGCUCAAUGUGAAAGAAAAAAUAAUUAUUUGUUUAAUUCAAUUGGAAAGUUUUUCUCAAAUACUAAUUAGAAAACAAUGACAUGAUAUUUACUUCACAAACUGUUCCGUAACCCGAAGUUUUGCACUAUACUAUUUACCAUGAAAUCAAUUUUUAAAUAUCAGAAAAAGACUUUAUAUCAUUAGAAUUCCAGGGUAAGAAAGUUUUAUGAUAAAAAAAAACGAAUAGGGCACAUCUAUUUAAAAUACAAAGAAAAAGCAAAUUAUUUUUCAACUUUGAACAGAUAUUUGGGAUUAGAUUUAAAUAUUUGUACAAUAUUAUUUGUAGGGACUGAAUGAAGCUAUCAAAAUUUUACAAGUCAUUUCUACUAAUUUAUUGGAUAGGUCAAUACUAUUUAUACUUAUUUUGAACCUUCGGUAAAUAUAUUUAUAGAAUGAUAUUGGUCCAGCAAGAUCCAAUAUGCUUUAACUUUGUAUUAAUAUUUGUUUCAUGAUAUAUAUUGAAAUAAUAGACUCACAGCUUUGAAAGAUUUUAAGACAUGCCUAUGCUCAGUGAAUACCACUUAUUUAUUUGAGAUAUGUAGAUAUAGCAUUAAAUGCUUGGUCUGUUUAAAAUUGAUUGACAUCACAUUGGUGAUGCUGCAAUAGAUGUCCCUUUUUAAGGGUCGAAAAAUUAGUAUGCUAAAUACAAAUUUGAUAUAGUAAACAGUAUAGGCUGUCUAUUGGCAUGGACCUUUAGAUGUUUAUUGUCAGAAUAAUCUUCCAGUUAAUAUCCAUAUUAUUAAUCAUUCAGAUUGUUACAUAAAUUAAAAUUGAUUGACACGUUGAGAAUUUAACCAAUUAAGCAGACAAACAGAAAAGGCUAUUUUUUGUAUUUAAUUUUUUGUAGUUUUGAUUCUUUAAUUCGUAAAUAAUUACUAUGUAGAUAUGUUACUAAGCUUUGUGGUAUAACCUAUUAUUGGCAGAUCAGUUGACAAGCAGAUACUGUAUGAGUCUGCAUAAUGUAUGUAUGUUAUAAUUCAUUACCACCUCUUGUCCUUUCAAAUAUUUGAUCAUUUUCUGCAUGAAUGGAAACUUUGUCAUAUCAUAUACAGUAUUACAGUUUAUGUUAGACUGAUUUAUCUGAUAUGAAGGUAACGGAAGCAAAAUAUUUUCCAAAUGGUUAUAGAAAUAUGACAAUGCUAAAUAUUGUAUUCUUUUUGUUUUAAUUCAUUACUUAGAAAUGUUUAAAAAUUGUUACUUCAAUAUUAGAUACUAUUUGUUUUGUAUUUUACGAUUUUUGUUUCGUCCUUUUUCUAGUCUUGUAUCAUUUUCAUGCUCAUCUACAACCACAUAAACAGAUUUAAGGAAAGAGAUGAAACUUUGAUAAGAAAUCCAACAGAGUGACAAUAAGCAGAAUUUUCAGUGCUAUUUUAAGAUACUUAGAUUUCAUAGUUGAAAGUUUAUAUAUAUCAUUAAGGUCAUUAGUGCAGAUAAGUCUUGAAAUAAGUUUCUCUAACAUCCACUGUAUGUAACUCCUUAUAUUUUGAUGCAUUCCAAACAAGUGAUCAUUAUCUUACUGAAAAUUAAAACAUUUGGAAUCUGAACUGUUCAAACGCCAUUAUGAAAAUUGUCAUCAAAAUGAACUCCAGCUUUAAAUUGGGCGUACAAAACUCUUACAGCGACAUGGCAUACAUGAAGGUGUUUCCGUUCGAGCAUGAUCAAAGUUGUUUUUGAACAACAAAAGCAAAAAAGAUAAUGUUACAAUUGAGGACUUUCAAAUCAAAAUAAUAUGGUAUUUUAUAAUUUGCUUUAAAACAGAUUGGACAAAAUUUGGUGCAACAUUUCAAAACAGAGGGAUGUUUGUUUUUUAAGUGACCUUCAAGUACAUUCAUGUCAUGAGAGGUUAAAUGAGAAUUUAUAACAAAAAGUAGACAUAGAUUUAGGAGUUUGUAAAAAAAAUUAUAUUGCAUACAUGUUAUAUAAAAUUAUGUUUCGGUAGCUGAUUAUAAUUUAGUUUUCUGUGUGUUCCUUUCUGCUGUGUUGAAUAUUGUCUGUUAAGUUCUAAUGAAGUACAGAUGUAGUUGAUAAUAUGUGUAAUUGUUGAUAGUUGUAUGAUUAAAAUUGUCACAUUUGGCUUUAUAUAACAUGGGAGAUUGUAAUACCAGUUAAUAGGGCAAUAUUUAAAGUCUAGCUCUUUCUGUUGAAUCAUUCACAGUGUUUUUUGACAGUGGCCAUCUUAGAAUUGACAGUACCACAAUAUGCCAUUUUUAAAAGACUUUUGUAGCCUCAAGAUAAAAGAAUUGGUAAAAGUGUUCUCAUAUAGGCUUGUUUUUUUUCUCAAAUUCAAGAAAAUCCUGUAGAUAUCAUUUAUUAUGUAAAGUUUUUUUUUAAGGGGCAUACACCCCUUAAAUCUAUGUUUGAUAGACAUUUGUUUGGCGCAAGAAAAUAUAGGUUUUAAAGAAAACUUGUACAAUAGAAAAUUUUUCCUAAAAGGGUACAAAUUAAGAAGUGAACUCUUCCUUUCUUUACUUGGAAACAUGCAUCUCCCUUUGUGUCUUUUGGUCUUAUCUACUGAUGUUCUUUUAAACUGUAAAAAGUUUUAAUAAAAUGAGCAGAAUAAUUAUUCACAUAUAGGACAGGGCUUUUUAAAAUUUUGUUAAUGUAAUAAUGAGCAUAAAUGUUUGCAGUCUCGAAUUACUGUUGGUUUUUUUUUGGUCUUUUUCUAGUAAAUUGAACUAAUUACAUAGUAUGUGCAUACCGUGGGUUCAUUUAUUAUCGUUAAUAUCAUUUUUUUUGUGAUUUGUAAAAUUGCUGAUGGUGGUUUUAUAAUUUAUGCUUCCCAAAGAGAUCUAAAACUAUGUAUUAAAUUGAGGCUUUGUUACAUUUGGGAAAUUCAUAUUCUCCAAAAAUCUAAAAAAAAUUGGUAGCCCACGGCACAGCACCACUAGGUCAGACUAGUUUUCCUCUCUAUUAUAUGAUAAAAAUGUGGUUGAAGGAUGCUUAUGAGUGUUCGGUCUAUGUCUGUGGUUGGAUUAACAUCUGUAUUGGGAAAAAACAGAUUGGUUUUUUUUUUUUUCAAUUCCGUAUUGUGUGCUUUAGACCAGAAAUAGAUACCUCUCCCAUAAUUUACCCUUAAAAUACAUUUGUACCAAAGAGGAGAGGAAAAAUAGAAAAAUUUAUACACAAUGGGGUGUAAAGUAAAAUUUUCAACAUUAAUUUAUAGUGUUUGUCAACAGUACUAAUCCAGAUGUGUGUGAUGACAUUGAUUAAUUGAACUAUCUGCCUCAAAAGAAUACCUGUUAUAUAAUUGUUGUUAUACAGCUAGCUAGGUAUUAACUGUUUGGCCACGUCAAGUUAAUAUGUAGAUUUUCAUUCGGGGGUCAUUAGUUUGAGAGAAUUUUUUGACAUUUCAGGGAGAGAAAAAAAAUCUUGAUAUAAAGACGUUUGAAAAGGAAGUGAAAUUGAGUAAACAUAUCAUAGUAAAUUUAUGGUGAAAGUUAAAUGUUCAACAAAUUGGAAAAAAUUAUUUGAUUUUUGUUUUAUUGUGCAAUCAAAUACCAUGAAGAUUUGUCAACCAAAAUGGCUGCAUAUCAGGAGAAUUGAAAACCACUGAAAUGUGAUCUACAAAAUAAUUUGAAGUGACCAUAAUUGUUUAUUUAUAAUGUUUGCUAUGUCACUAUUCAUUUUUUCCUCUCACAAAAUUAUCAUUUUACACCUUGUUGCAUAGCUUUUUAUAUUUGACAAAAUACAUUAUUUUGUAUUCAUUUGUACUCAUGAAAAUUGGCAAUGUCGGAGAAAUUUACUGUUUCAGUAUAACAUUUUAUACUGUCAUCACCCAUUUUACUAAACAGACUUAAGAUUUAAGUUGAUUUUGGGGUCUUUGUUCAAGCAAUGUCAGUCCCUUUUAAAAAGAAGACAACAACUUGGAAUUAAAAGCUGCAGGAUGAAAACAAUAAAUGUACAUUGUCAGAGAAUUAAAAUAUUUGUACUCGCUUAGAAAAGCAGGAGAAAAGCUGGGCGAGAUUGGUUUUCUGUUUUCGAAGCUAAAAACAAGUAUUUUUCAUCAAUGUACAUAUAUUGUAGUGGUUAUUGUUCAAAUCAUAUGAUUGAUAUACUGAACAUGGAAAAUUUGGGAUAUUAAUAAGAGUUGAACUUACUUUAAAAACUGAUUCAUUUUUUGUAGGAAGAAAUUUUAGUUUAUUGCUAUCUUUCAGUUUUAUUUUGAUGGUCAAACAGAACAUGAAUGGAUGGAUUCAGACGAGUUACAUUUCAAAAGUUUGACUGGGUUAGAACUUUAAUUGGGAAAACAACCUGUUGAAAUAUUCCAGUACAUAAAAUGUGAAAUUGAUGUUGCCAAGUUAUGUUCAAACUGUUUAACUGUAGGUAAUACAUGCAUGAAGAAAAGAGGAAUUGCCAAUUUCCACUGUAUUUGUUUCACACACAGGGUCAAAUCAAGUUGUUCAAACCUUAAUAGGAUUUUUAGACUUAACAUUUUUUUAAUUUCAUCAACUUUAGAUAUAUCCUUAAGAUUCAAAUGUUAUUAUUCAGCACUAGGCAUGGCUGUUGAAGACCAGUUUGAUACAAUAUUGGUUAUUGAGACAUUUUUGAAGGGCACCGAUAAAAAAUAGGCUUAAACUUGUAUCUGAAACACAAAGAGCUUUACUACCAAGUUCCGACAGAAUAUUGGUUAUGGUUAAGAUCUUGAAUGUUGUCCUUGAUAAUUUUCUGAAUAGAUACUCAGAGUUUGCCAAAAUUGCAGUUUUGACUUUUGAACCUUCAUUAGAUAUUUCCAUGUUGUCAAAUGUUCAGAUAUACAACAUAAUGUUGUUAUGAUAGAACCUCAGAGUUCAAUAAAGCUGUGAAUUUUAAUAAAUAUUGAAAAUGGUCCUAGUGUGAAAUAAAUUCAAUGGAAAUUGACCCCAUCUCUUUCUUUUGCCAGAAAGUAUAUAUAAUUACUUUAGACUAGUUAAGAUACAUUCUAAUCUGAUCUGUUGUUAUAAAGUUUUGUGUUUUAGUCAUAUAUAUGAUGUACGUGUGUAUGAGAACCUGGAUGGGUAUAUGAAAACACAGAAGGUUUCAGUAGAGGCUUUUAGCAAAAGGAAUUAGUUUUCUACAUGGAAACUUUAUAUGUUCAACUUCCAGGUGUUUUAAUUUUAUCUGAUUUCAACUUGAUUGUUUUGAAUAUGUCUUUGGUAAAAAAGUGUUUAUAGUACAUGCCUAAAUACAGUAGUCCAUUUAUCAAUUGAAUUCAAAUUUAACUGUAUAUUAAAGAAUUCCACUUGUUAUAGAUAACAUAUAAAUACAUGUUCUGAUAAGGGGUUCUUUUAUCCUCAACAAAACAAAAAGCUUGAACCCCAUUUUAAUUGAGAUUUUCAGGGGAAUAACAAAUUAGCAUUACUUACUGUAUAAUAUUGUCCUAACAGUGAUCAUGUCAUCCAGUGUUAUUAUGUAUUUAGAGUCACAUUGCCCCAGUAGGUGAUGGCACUAAAUCAUUGUUCUAUAUAAUUUGAAGAAUAAAAAUAAAUUUUGA